UUAAGAGCACAUAGUGCUGGAAUAACUUCAUGCUCCUUCAGUGACGAUGCCAGUUACCUUUUUACCGCCUCCGAGGAUGCAACUGUAAAAUUAUGGAAUACUGAAGACUUGAAGUGCCUUGUUACUUAUAGAGGACAUGUUUAUCCGGUUUGGGAUGUUGACACCAGUAAAUUUUUAGUUUACUUUGCGACCGCAUCUGCCGAUACAACGGCUCGCUUAUGGAGUACGGAAUUUACUCAUCCUUUGCGUAUAUUUGCUGGACAUUUGGAUAGUGUGAAUUGUGUUAGAUUUCAUCCGAACUGUAAUUAUAUCGCUACUGGAUCUGCUGAUAAAACCUGCCGAUUAUGGGAUAUCCAAAAUGGUCAAACAGUUCGUUUAUUUACUGGACAUAAAGGCGAUGUAAUGGCCAUGGCGUUCUCACCUAAUGGUAAUUACUUAGCAACUGCAGGAACAGAUAAUUCGAUAUAUUUAUGGGAUAUCUCCACAGGAAAACUUAUUCAAGAAUAUUCAGGGCAUACUUCGCCCGUAUAUUCCAUUUCCUUUAGCCCGUGCGGUACACAAAUAGCAUCAGGUGGAUUUGAAAAUUGUAUUAAAAUUUGGGAUGUAAACGGACCUAUACACGGGAGGUUCGAAGAGUAA